AAUGGCUACAACAGUCACUACUAGAACAGUCACAACAAGGACGGUCGCAGGGACUGGUCCAAGAAUUCGAAUGAUUCCUAUUUGGAGUAUUAAAUUAAUUUCUGCUAUUAUUGGACUUGUAGUUCUCGUUUUAAUUUUUAUUUUGCGAAAUUCAAUUUGGCAGUGGUACGUAAAUACAUUUAUUGUGCUCGUCCUGACUUGUGGAUUUCUGCUAGGAUGGGCACUUCCGCCCGUUCUCAAUCGAUUUUUGACUUUCUAUCGAUCGGAUAUGAUUACACAUUCAAUAAUUGCUGGACUUUCUGUUUUGUCUUUAAUUCUUUGCGUUUUGUUUUUGUUUAGUAAUGAACGUUAUUCACGUACUGAAGACUAUAAAAUUAUGGUUGGAAUUACUAUUUGUAUGACAGUAGAAGCAAUUGUUUGUUGUAUUCUAGUCUCUUGGAUUUGCUUUGGGAAUUAUGCAAUUGUGGAGACUCGUUGA